AUGCAGAUAGGAUCUUUAAGUCUCCAAAGCACGGAGCAGCCCCAUGCUUGUCAUGUUGAUGUGCCGCUGGACGAACCGCCAGCGUUGUGGUUGAUGAUCAAGAGGAGCUCCCCAAAGCACAAGCGACAUGUGAAGAAUGCCUUGAAGGAGAUGAAAUUGACGGAAUUUCUGAUGGAGAAUCACUUCUUCCUGGAUGAAAUCAAUGAGCCGCGGCCGUUAGCACAUCGCGCUGAUGAAGUCGAGCAGCUUUGGCCCAUCCAUGUUGCCGCGCAGCUGGGAGACCGGGAACUGCUUCGGACACUCUUGCGAGCUGGUGCAGAUUCCACGCAGGUGAGCUCAGCGGGUCGAACAUCUCUGGACAUAGCGAGAGAAGAGGAUUGCGAAGGGUCGCAUCAGGAAGUUAUCCACAUGCUCAGCUCUAAUGUCCGUUGUUGCUCCUCAAAGGCCCUCUUGGCCCAGGAUUCCCAGGAUCGACCGACCCUAAAAACGGGGUGA